CAGGAUGGACUUCCUGAUCCUCUUCUUGUUCUACCUGGCUUUGGUGGUGAUGGGUCUUGUUCUUAUCUGCGUCUGCUCGAAAACCCAUAGCUUGAAAGGCCUGGCCAGGGGAGGAGCACAGAUAUUUUCCUGUGUAAUUCCAGAAUGUCUUCAGAGAGCCAUGCACAGAUCGCUUCACUACCUUUUCCAUACGAGAAACCACACCUUCAUUGUCCUGCACCUGGUCUUGCAAGGGAUGGUUUAUACUGAGUACACCUGGGAAGUAUUUGGCUACUGUCAGGAGCUGGAGUUCUCCUUGUAUUACCUUCUUCUGCCCUAUCUGCUGCUAGUUGUAAACCUGUUUUCUUUCACCCUGACUUGUGUAACCAAUCCUGGCAUUAUAACAAAAGCAAAUGAAUUAUUAUUUCUUCAUGUUUAUGAAUUUGAUGAAGUGAUGUUUCCAAAGAACGUGAGGUGCUCUACUUGUGCUUUAAGGAAACCAGCUCGAUCCAAGCACUGCAGUGUGUGUAACUGGUGUGUGCACCGUUUCGACCAUCACUGUGUUUGGGUGAACAACUGCAUCGGGGCCUGGAACAUCAGGUACUUCCUCAUCUACCUCUUGACCUUGACGGCCUCGGCUGCCACCGUCGCCAUUGUGAGCACCACUUUUCUGAUCCACUUGGUGAUGAUGUCGGAUCUAUACCAGGAGACUUAUGUCGAUGACCUUGGACACCUCCAUGUUAUGGACACGGUCUUCCUUAUUCAGUACCUGUUCCUGACUUUUCCACGGAUUGUCUUCAUGCUGGGCUUUGUCGUGGUCCUGAGCUUCCUCCUGGGUGGCUACCUGUGCUUUGCCCUGUACCUGGCGGCCACCAACCAGACUACUAACGAGUGGUACAGAGGUGACUGGGCCUGGUGCCUGCGUUGUCCCCUUGUGGCCCGGCCUCCAUCAGCAGAGCCCCAAGUCCACCGGAACAUUCACUCCCACGGGCUUUGGAGCAACCUUCAAGAGAUCUUUCUACCUGCCUUUCCAUGUCAUGGGAGGAAGAAACAAGAAUGACAAAUGUGUGACUGCCUUUGAGCUGUAGUUCCCGUUUAUUUACACAUGUGGAUCCUCGUUUUCCAAGCA